AUGGGAAGGGCAAGCAGAUGGGUGAUGAACUUGUUGCUGGGGAAAAAGGAGGAGAAGGGUAAAGACACAUCUUCGUCCAAAGUGAAUGCGGGAACUUUGAUUACAAUCGUAUCAAGAACUCCAAUUUACAAGAGGAGGUGGAGCUUCGGCAGAAUAGCAGGGAAAGAGAAAGCACACAAGAGUUCUAAAUCUCUAGACUUGAGCACCAUUAAAACAAUAGUACUACAUGCUGAUGCAGACUCGGAGAAUCAACAGAAUAAUAUGACCCUGGUAGCAGCAUCUUCUAUAUCUGUUAUGCCAACAAAACAUGAAUCAGAUGGAAUAACCAUAAGAGUUGAGGAUGCAGCUGCUACCAAGAUCCAAGCCGCCUUUCGUUCUUAUUUGAUAAGUGAAAAUGAUCAGAUGAUAUUUAUGCAGGCAAGGAAAGCACUUUGUGCUCUGAGGAGUCUAGUCAAGUUACAAGCACUGGUAAGAGGUCACCUUGUGAGGAAGCAAACAGCUGCGACUAUUCGUCGCAUGCACGCAUUAAUGUCAAUACAAGUUAGAGCUCGAUUUCAAAGAGUCCAGAUGGCUGAGGAAUCACAAUCUGCUUCUAGAAGACUAUCUUCAAUGCAUACAAAUACUCCUCUGAGCAACAGAUUCAGAAAAUCUCAUACUCAAGCAAUAGGCAUAAAUGUUCAUGAGACCUGCGGAGUUUGGAACAACAAACAUGGGUUUCUAAAUCAUUCAGACAUGCGGCACAUAGAUAAUGGGUUAAACAGUUAUUUUUGUGGAGAUCUUUCAAUCUCAGACCGAAAGCAUCAAUACAAAGAGUUCUCCUUCAACACAGCACACUCCAGCCCUAAUAAUCAUUCUAAAAUAACCAAAUCAAUUUCUGGGAGAGCUUCUUUUAGUUUUCAACGACACCCAAUGUCUAAUGACCAAUCUUUCCAACCAAAUUACAUGGCAAACACAGAAUCUUCAAGGGCUAAAGUCAGGUCACAAAGUGAACCAAAACAGCGACCCAAUUGGAGAAUGAAAUCAAAAGGCGAUGGAGUGAUUAAUGCUCAGCAAGAUGAAUAUACAGAAUCCUCUUCUUCACAAUCAAAACGCUUUGAUCGUGAAAACCAUGACCUCUGGCUUGUCAAGUUUUACCAAACAACACAAACUCUCAAGGACAUUGAGAAUGAUGUCUACAGCAGAUCUUGUCCCUCAAACUACCGCGACAACCUACUUGCAUAUGAGGGUCUUCUACCAGCACCCUCUGAACCAGCCAAAGAAUUUCUGGCAAGAAUGACCAGCACACAAGGCAACUAG